ACCUCUCUCCUAAACCACCACCAAAUCCUUCGCGCCAAAUCUGGACCGUUGAGCUUUCGUAUCAGACAGUCUCCGCCUCAGACCAUCCCGAUUCUCCAUCUAGAUCCAAUCCAUGUCCGCCGCCGCCGCCGCCACCGCCACCGCCACCGCCGUCCCCACUGCCGGCGGCGACUGGACCGUCGUCCGCCGCCGCAGCCGCCGACGAGGCGAGGCCCCAGCCCCACCCACUGCUUGCGAACCCGACGCUCCUCCGCCUCUCCCUGUGACCCCAAUUCCCUGGGCCCCCUCUGACCCCUCCCUCGACCCCGCGCGCGUCUCCCGCCUCGUUGCCCGCACCCACGCCGCCAUCUCCCGCGUCGCCGCCUCCCGCCUCUACGGCCGCCUCCUUCCCCCGGAUUCCCCACUCCGGCGCCGCCUCGCCCUCCUCGCCCCUGCCCGCCUCUCCCUCCUCGGGGUCGGGAGCUUCGAGUCCUCCCCCGCCGCGCGCCUCCAGCUCGCGCUCGCCGUACUCAUCCGACGGGACUUCCUCCCUGACGCCGCCUCUGCGGACCUCUUCGAUCCCGUCCUCUCCGCCGUUGAGUGCGCGGCCGCCGCCAAGCUCGGGUUCUCUGUCCCGAGCCUCGAUGACGGGUGCCGCCGCCGUGUGGAGGAGCCCACGCUCUUCUACAUGCCCCACUGCGAGGCGUUGCUUUACGACGCGCUCCUCGCCGCCAACUGGGAGUCACCCGCUCAGAUCCGCCGUUUCUGCGUGCUCGGCAACAGCUUCCGGCGGUACGCGCUGCAGGCCGAGGACAACCUCUCGGUCCCCGCCGCCAAGGCAGCGCAUGUCCUCGCGGCCAGGCGGUUCGCGUGGGAGGAGCGGGUCGGCGAGACGGGGGAUUUGGAUGACGACGAUUGGUUCGCCCGCGCGUUCAACGAGACGAGCUGGCAUUUCUUCGAGGUGGAGGACGACGUCGAUUUGGCCGCCUCCAUUGCUGGUGGAAGGAGAUAAGUUUCAAAGCUCUGUCCAUGCCUUCAUGGAGCUAUUGUGAACUUGCAUGUUGUGUGUUGUUUGAUUGGAUGCAAUGUUGAUCAAGGUUCAAAAUUCAAAUUUAUCAACUAUAUGUGGUUCUCUAGUGGAUGCAAAGUUGCAUAUUGACUGAUAUAUUCAUUCUGCUCAGAUAUUCAAGGAACACCAUAGGCACUUCUAUUUUGCUGUUUUUAAAAUAACUCGCUGAAGAGCUUGAAUUGUGUGAUGUAUUAUUAGAGCCAGAGAUUGAGUUGGAUCACCAGUAGACUAUAGCCUAGCAUCAGGUUUGGAGUUGUGCCAGAGUUUUCUAGCAGUGAUCAAGAUCUAAAAGUUACA